CACCGUUGUAACAACAGUAUCAGCACGCGGAGCCAUCACACCAUGUCAAGAGUGCCAUCAUCAUUUGACGACCAGAACGAGUACAGACAGCUAGACUUCAUCCAGAAGUGUGUCAAGAAUUGUAAGGAACAACCGCUUGUGCCAUUGGGCACGCUUGCCACGACGGUUGCAGUGAUCUUAGCAGCCAAGUCGCUGCGUAUAGGUAACAGACCAGGGGCCCAGAAGUGGUUCCGUUAUCGUGUUGCGUUCCAGGGAUUCACCAUUGCUGCUCUUGUCGUUGGAGGUCUUGUCUAUGGCAGAGGCACGGAGCAGGCACGCAAGACCAGGGAGGAGGAGCUGCGCGAGAAGGCCAAGCUGAGGGAGAAGCUGUGGAUCGAAGAGCUGGAAAGAAGAGACUCGGAGGCCAAGCAGAGAAAGGAGAGGGCCGCCAUUGCAAGACAGAAGUAUCUCGAAGCCCAAGAGGCCGAGAAGAGCUCUGAAGAGAAGUGAUCUCAUCGCCUAGCUCGAAGGCUCCAGCUGUUUACCCGAUACGCAUCUCUAUGUUCUCCGUGUGCCUGUUUUCUAUCUCCCUUCUACUGACAUUCCAUUACCAAUUUGUAUAUACGCUAGGAAACGAUUCUCCAUUGGCCUACAUAGUAGUGCUUCGUCUGCUCUUCACGGCGCUGUGGCAGCGUGGUGAUGAGUUGUUUGUAGAUGUUAUGG